AUGGAAGAAAGAAAGUCGUCACUAAAACGGGUUUUCAUCAACAACAUCGACUCCUACUCAUCUAAAUAUAUAUCAAAGUUUCUGUCUGAAUGCGUUGUUGGAGCUCAUAGUGAGGAUGAAGAGGAGGAGGAGUCAGUGGACACCAAUAUUAAUAAAGAAAAAGCCUUUGAGAUAGUGGGAACUGUCUCUGAAGAACCACAGGAGAACAGAGAUUAUGUGUUGGAGCAGUACUAUCAGCUGAAAAGGGAGGAGCUUCUACCCAAACUUCUAGACUGUAAUGUAAUUGUUUAUAACAUUACUCAACACCAGGACCAAGUGGACGAGGCUUUCUGGGCUGUUGCAACCCUUCACAAUGAGUUGGACAAUUUCACUGGGCCAAAGAUGUUCAUCCUUGUGUCCACAGUCAUGACCUGGGCCUGCAGAAAACCCAUUGAUCCAGAGGAUGAGGAGAAGCCUUUCACUGAUGAAGAUUUCCGUCGGCGAAGACCACAUGCAAACUUCAGAGCUCACAAUGAUCUGGAGAAGAGAGUGGUUCAAUUGGGAAAAACAAAUAAACACAUGUUCUCUACUUAUGUGGUGGUGUCGGGAAUGCAGUAUGGAAUGGGAGAGCAGAUCUUUCAUUACUUUUUCAAGACAUCAUGGGAGGGACUGAAAGCUGAAGUUCCUGUUUUUGGAGAUGGCACCAACAUCGUUCCCACAAUCCACAUCAAUGACCUAGCAAGUGUUAUACAGAAUGUGAUUGAACACCGCCCAAGCCCAUACUACCUUUUGGCUGUCGACUAUUCCAGUCACACUAUGGAGGAGAUUGUACAGGCAAUUUCUAAUGAACUUGGACCAGGAAUUAUCAAGAAAAUACCACUCGAGGAGGCCUACCUUAUACGAGAAAUCACUGUCAUGGAAAUUGACUACAUGACGGUGAAUUUGAGAAUGGAGUCGGCCCAUUUGAAAGAGCUGCUGUCUAUUUCUUGGCAGUGUGAGAAAGGACUGGUGGAAAACAUUGGUCAAGUAGUUCAAGAAUACAGACAAUACAGAGGACUACAGCCCAUCCGCAUUUGUGUUAUGGGGCCCCCUGCUGUUGGGAAGAGCACUCUGUCUAAAAUUAUCUGCAAUCACUACAAACUUCAUCAUGUCAAACUGAAGCCAACCAUUACACAGACCCUUGAUAAACUGAAAGAAACAGUGAAUAAAGAUCCUUCAGUGGAGACGAACAGCACAGCAGACGCCCAGGAGCUGCUCAACAGUCUCACUGAAAGUAUGGAGCAGAAUGAAGGUUUUUUGGAAGAGCACCUGCUGCUGAAAGUGAUGAGGGACAAACUGAUGACCAAACCCUGCCAGAACCAAGGCUUUGUUUUGGAUGGAUUCCCCAAAACUUAUGACCAAGUGAAAGAACUCUAUGAAAAUGAUGAGGAAGAAGAGGAUGAAACAGUCUCCAACAAGAUACUGCCAGAGUUUGUGUUUGUCCUCGAUGCCUCCGAUUUGUUUUUGAAAGAACGAGUUAUAAACCUGCCAGAGACGGAGGUGGAGAAGAACAGCUAUGAACCGGAGCUCUUCCUGAAGAGACUGAGCCGAUACAGACAUAGGAACAGUGAAGACUCCACUGUCAGCGACUUCUACGACGAGUUUAACAUCACCACUUUGAACUUGGAAAUCACAAGCAAGGAUGAACCCAGCUGUUUGCAUCUGUUGGAGAAGAUCAUUGAAACUGUAGGUCCAUCUCGAAAUUACAGCCCCACCAUCGAAGAGAUGGAGGAGGAGGAGUGGAAAAAGAUGGAGGAGAAACAGAGGAGUGAGGCACAGAGGAAAGAAGAAGAGGAGAAGAGAGAGGCAGAGGAGGCCAGAGAGAGAGCUGCCCGCUGGGAGGAAUGGUCCAGGUCUGUGGAGCAGUUGCGUCGUGAGGAGGAGGAUCUUCUGGAGGCUGAGACAGCACAGAUGAGGAGUUACCUGAUGGAGCAUGUGAUGCCCACUCUGUCCCAGGGCCUGCUGGCCUGCUGCUCCGCUCAGCCACAAGACCCUGUCCACUUCCUGGCGGAGUAUUUGAUGAACAACAACCCCUUAAACUGGACUAAACUUCCAGACAGUCUGGACGCCGGGCCCGUGGGCUGGGUCCGCGCUGUUUUAGCAGUGGGGGUCGGAGGGCCGCCACCCGUGCGAGAGCCCGUGCUCCACCCGUUCCCGGCUGGGGAUGGUCGACGGUCUGGGCGCCGGGCCCGUGGGCUGGGUCCGCGCCGUCUCAGUAGUGGGGGUCGGAGGGCUGUUGCCCGUGAGAGAGCCCGUGCUCCGCCCGUUCCCGGCUGGGGACGGGAAUAUAAAAAUAUUCCUGACCCGCCAGAGCUUCCAAGUGGUGGCGGUCCCUGGGUCUCCAGGCCAUUGCCCAGGACCUACGCCUCUGUUGUUCGCGGGGGCGUGGGGGUGCGUGUCCCCCCGCCUUCUGACAUGCCCUCUAGGGGAGUCCGGGAGAGGCCUGCCUCUCGGCCUUUGGUAGAACCCUCGGCCCCUAGGUAUCGGUGGGAACCGGCCACAGAUCUGCGAGCGUGGGAACUUUCUCAGAGAGAGAGAGUGAGAGGAAGCGCUCUUUUUCGCCGCGUGUUCCUAGUGGUCGGCGAGCGUGGGAACCGACUCAGAGAGAGACGAGACGAGCGUAUUCACCGAGAUAUUAUGCAGCUUUUAGUGCACGGGGGGCUCAGGGACAACAGCUGA